UGGACAUUAUAGAUAUAAUUUGGAAUUUUUGUCUGCGUUGUCGUGACCGCUCUUUCCGGUGGAGUCCUGGGCAUAACGCACCAAACGAACGGAGGUAUUUGGAUAUAAAAAAUAUCUUUAUGGAACAAAAGGAACAUUUGUUGUCUAACUGGGAGUCUCGUGAGUGAAAAGAUCCGAAGAUCAUCAAAGGUAAAUGAUGAAUUUGAUUGCUUUUCUGAUUUUCGUGACCAAGUUACCUGAUGCUAAGUGUACUUAAUGUUUUGUCGAGCGAUCGAUAAACUUACACAAACGCUUGUAUUGCUUUCGCUGUAAAGCAUAAUUUCAAAAUCUGAGACGACAGGUGGAUUAACAAAAGGCUAAGCUGUGUUUUGCAAUAUUGCACUUGUGAUUUCAUGAAUAUGAAUAUUUUCUAGUAAUAUUAUUUGACUGUGGCGCUAUGCUAUGCUAUGCUAUUCAGCGUUGCUGAUGACAAUUAUCCCGGAUCCGGGAUGGGUAGUCCAGAAAGGUUAAUCUUUUCUUUUUAUUGGCCAGUCUGAGAUAUGGCUUUUUCUUUGCAACUCUGCCUAGAAGGCCUGCAUCCCAGAGUCGCCUCUUCACUGUUGACGUUGAGACUGGUAUUUUGAAGGUACUAUUUAAUGAAGCUGCCAGUUGAGGACUUGUGAGGCAUCUGUUUCUCAAACUAGACACUCUAAUGUUCUUGUCCUCUUGCUCAGUUGUGCACCGGGGCCUCCCACUCCUCUUUCUAUUCUGGUUAGAGCCAGUUUGCGCUGUUCUGUGAAGGGAGUACGAGCGCUGUACGAGAUCUUCAGUUUCUUGUCAAUUUCUCGCAUGGAAUGGCCUUCAUUUCUUAGAACAAGAAUAGACUGACAAGCUUUUGAAGAAAGGUCUUUGUUUCUGGCCAUUUUGAGCCUGUAAUCGAACUCACAAAUGCCGAUGCUCCAGACAUUCAGCUAGUGUAAAGAAGGCCAGUUUUAUUGCUUCUUUAGUCAGGACAACUGUUUUCAGCUGUGCUAAUGUAACAGUAUAGCUUCCGUCCCUCUCCUCGCCCCUACCUGUGCUCAAACCAGGGACCCUCUGCACACAUUAACAACUGCCUCCCACGAAGCAUCGUUACCCAUCGCGCCACAAAAGCCAUUGCAGAGCAAGGGGAACAACUACUUCAAGGUCUCAGAGCAAGUGACGUCACCCAUUGAAACGAUAUUAGCGUGCACCCCGCUAACUAGCUAGCCAUUUCACAUCGGUUACACUAACAUAAUUGCAAAAGGGUUUUCUAAUGAUCAAUUAGCCUUUUAAAAUUAUAAACUUGGAUUAGCUAACACAACGUGCCAUUGGAACACAGGAAUGAUGGUUGCUGAUAAUGGGCCUCUGUACGGCUAUGUAGAUAUUCCAUAAAAAAUCUGCCGUUUCCAGCUACAAUAGUAAUUUACAAUAUUAACAAUGUCUACACUGUAUUUCUGAUCAAUUUGAUGUUAUUUUAAUGGACAAAAAUUGUGCGUUUCUUUCAAAAACCAGGACAUUUCUGAGUGACCCCAAACUUUUGAACGGUAGUGUAUAGUGCACGACUUUAGAUCAGAGCCCAGACGUUUUAUGGGGGAAUUGUUUUAGCAGGUAUGGUUGGCUGUGGGGGCACACAGCCUCCAGUGGGAGGAGACUAUAUCAGUGUUGGUGGAACAUCCUGCUGUGCAGACCCCUGCCAGCACUACACCGUACUUAAUGACGACUGGCGUGCCACCAACAACAAUGCCAACGUUAAUGGCGAGCACUGCGACACGGAUGUCAACUGGCAGGGCUGGUAUCGCCUGUUCCUGGGGAACACCAGUGUUCAGAUGCCAGAGAGGUGUGUGGACAGUUACAUGUGUGGGACGGAGAUCCCCAUGUGGCUCACGGAUCCCCAUCCCCAGCUGUUAGACGGGGUGGUUCAGCUUAUUCAUGCUGUCUACUCCAACAGCUUAUUCAUGCUGUCUACUCCAACAUCUUUUUCAUUCUGUAUACUCCAACAGCUUAUUCAAGCUUACUCCAACAUCUUAUUCAUGCUGUCUUCUCCAACAGCUUAUUCAUGUUGUCUACUCCAACAUCUUUUUCAUUCUGUAUACUCCAACAGCUUAUUCAAGCUUACUCCAACAUCUUAUUCAUGCUGUCUACUCCAACAGCUUAUUCAUGCUGUCAACUCCAACACCUUUUUCAUUCUGUAUACUCCAACAGCUUAUUCAUGCUGUCUUCUCCAACAGCUUAUUCAUGCUGUCUACUCCAACAGCUUAUUAUUGCUGUCUACUCCAACAGCUUAUUCAUGCUGUCAACUCUAACAGCUUAUUCAUGCUGUCUACUCCAACACCAUUUUCAUGCUGUCUGCUCCAACAGCUUAUUCAUGCUGGCUACUCCAACAGCUUAUUCAUGCUGUCUACUCCAACAUCUUAUUCAUGCUGUCUGCUCCAACAGCUUAUUCAUGCUGUCUACUCCAACAGCAUAUUCUUGCUGUCUACUCCAACAGCUUAUUCAUGCUGUCUACUCCAACAUCUUAUUCAUGCUGUCUGCUCCAACAGCUUAUUCAUGCUGUCUACUCCAACAGCUUAUUCAUGCUGUCUACUCCAACAGCUGGCUAAACAGCUGGCUUGUUAAAGACAAGUGAAAUUCAUGAUACAUAUUUAGUCAAUGUUCUGGACACUUCCAAGCUGUCUUACCAAAGCAGUAGAACUAUUAGUCAUAUUGGUGUAUUGAAAUAGUGCUGUUUGAGUUCCACCGUAGAAGAACACAAUAAAAGUCUUCAGAAUGACCAUGACAGUCUGAAUAUUAGUUUAUGAUGGUCUUUUUAAUGACUCCACAUGGGUAGUGCCUUUUAAUAUGAAUGUGUUUAUGCUUAUGUAUGUACUAUUGUUGUCUCUAGUUACCUAGACAUCGAUUAUUUUUCACUGCAGGAUCUUGCGCCAUCAUCAUCGACUACCAAACAGAAGAUAAGAAUCAUGCCAACUGUCCUGUGUGUAUCCUGUUGUUGGAGAUGUUAGUUUAAGAUUCAUUACAGGAUCCUAUACUCAUGCCAACUGUCCUGUGUGUAUACUGUUGUUGGAGAUGUUAGUUUAAGAUUCAUUACAGGAUACUAUACUCAUGCCAACUGUCCUGUGCACAAAAUCUAUGGUGUCUUGUUCAUGUUCGUGUCAGCAGUCAACAGACUCUUUUUAUUUUGAUAGUGUAAAGAUGAAACACAACUCAUUGGUGAGAGGUGCCACCGCUAACAGUUUGUAGAUGUUGGAACAUACAGCCCCCCCCCCCCCAUGUUAUUCCUAAGGAAAAACCAUUUAGAAGCACAUUCUAAUAGUACAUCAUACAACAACAAAAAUUGGCCUGUUUCAAUAGCCUGUUGAAGCAAAUAAAGAAUGACUAUGAGGAAGUCAUUUCCCUCCAGGUUGAGGAGAAUGCAAGCUCUGCCCCAUUGCAUCCCUCACAUCCUUGCCACCUUAUACAGGAGAAACCUAAUCAAAAGAAAUUAGCCAAUUAUAUGUAACGAUGUCACAUCAAUACUUAUACUAAAACAUGUUUGCAGUUGCGCAGCGGUCUAAGGCACUGCAUCUCAGUGCAAGAGGUGUCACUGCAGUCCCUGGUUCAAAUCCAGGCUGCAUCACAUCCGACCGUGAUUGGGAGUCCCAUAGGGUUACGCACAAUUGGCUCAGCGUUGUCCGGGGUAGGCCGUCAUUGUAAAUAAGAAUUUGUUCUUAAGGCCGUCAUUGUAAAUAAGAAUUUGUUCUUAAGGCCGUCAUUGUAAAUAAGAAUUUAUUCUUAAGGCCGUCAUUGUAAAUAAGAAUUUAUUCUUAAGGCCGUCAUUGUAAAUAAGAAUUUAUUCUUAAGGCCGUCAUUGUAAAUAAGAAUUUAUUCUUAAGGCCGUCAUUGUAAAUAAGAAUUUAUUCUUAAGGCCGUCAUUGUAAAUAAGAAUUUAUUCUUAAGGCCGUCAUUGUAAAUAAGAAUUUGUUCUUAAGGCCGUCAUUGUAAAUAAGAAUUUGUUCUUAAGGCCGUCAUUGUAAAUAAGAAUUUAUUCUUAAGGCCGUCAUUGUAAAUAAGAAUUUAUUCUUAAGGCCGUCAUUGUAAAUAAGAAUUUAUUCUUAAGGCCGUCAUUGUAAAUAAGAAUUUAUUCUUAAGGCCGUCAUUGUAAAUAAGAAUUUAUUCUUAAGGCCGUCAUUGUAAAUAAGAAUUUGUUCUUAACUGACUUGCCUGGUUAAAUAAAUUAAAGAUAUAUAUUUUUAAAGACUCCUCAGACAAGGAUGUUUCUCCACAAGCGUGGUCAGUGUGUGGCUCAGUUGGUAGAGCAUGGCGCUUGCAACGCCAGGGUUGUGGGUUCAUUCCCCACGGGGGGACCAGGAUGAAUAUGUAUGAACUUUCCAAUUUGUAAGUCGCUCUGGAUAAGAGCGUCUGCUAAAUGACUUAAAUGUAAAUGUAACUGCUUGGCAAGUCCAAACAACAGGUGUCCCCUACACCUACAGACGUAGGCUCUGGCUUUCUGCAGUGCUGAAUGCUGAGUUGGGCUUGUGGAUUCUUCAUUCCAGAUUUCAGAGGAAAAAAAAUUAAAUAAUGGGCCACAUACUAGAACUAAACAACAUGCUAAUGUGUGGUUUGAGACAGGGAGAUGUCUGUCCCCUCAGUUUCAAUGACACAUGUAUACUCAAAGUUACCAAUACAUCAAUCCAACAAAAUAAUUUCCCAAAGUUUUAGGCAAAUGUUUUAAGAGAACUUUGAAAGCAAAAUGAUAAAUUAGACAUUUAAGCAAACAAAGAUUAAUAUUUUGCUAAAUAUUUAAUGGUCUACAAGGCUGAAAAUGAACUUUGAUAAAUGUACCUUACAGUAGCACCCACUGAAAAUCACACUUGCUGUUGUCUUUUUUCUGUCUUGAAUCAACAGAGAGAUUCUCAGACUAUUGGUCUGCUGCAUUCACCCACUUUUAUCCACAAAUAAUCUCAUUUAAACAUCAAUUCUAUACCUUUGCUUGUCGUUCACGCCUAAUGGCACCACACCAGAGACGUCACUCUGAUCUACUUCCCUUCCCAGACAAGGUGUGAAGAUGUUUGCUCUUAUUUGAAUUUCAAAUAUUAAUUUUACCAUUUGAAACAGUCAUUUCCCUCUUCGGCAUAUGUAUAUAAAUCAAGCAGGCUUGGUUCCUUUCUACCACAAACAAAGGCUCACUCCAGACUGGUAAGAUGUACUUUAUUGUUUCUGAGAUUGUGAUGCGCUGUCCGUCAGGAAAGAUAUAAAGACUCCUCCGUCAACUCCAGAGAACAGAGAACAGCGUUUCUACCAGCCCUGCGUUAGACAUGCAUUUCACGACUUCUGCUUUGAAGGCACCCAGAUAGGACAUCUCUCCUGAUUGACUGGGCCAGUUAUAUGGGAAGAUUUGACUGUUAAUAGUGAGUUAUUAGCUAAAUCAAACCCCUCUCUCCCCUUGCAAUGUUGUACCACAGGUGUCCGUGGUAACCAAAAUCAUCACAAAAAGAGAUAUCUGAGAAGACAAUUAACAACCAAUCAUUCACAUCGAAGGCCACUGAAAUCAGUUCACAGAGUCGUGUGUCUGAGCUGAACAGAAUGAUGUCAUCGGGUGUUCUGAUGAUGCUCCUGUUCUUUAAGCAUGUUACUGCAGACAACUCAGGUGUGACUGUUGCCAAAUCUAUCCAGUUUAGCUGUGGAGGCACACAGUGUCCAGUGGGACAGGACUGUAUCAGUGUUGGUGGAACACUUCGCUGUGCAGACCCCUGCCAGAACUACACAGCACUGAAUGACGACUGGCGUUCCACCACCAACAACAACAACAACCAGGUUAAUGGGGGCUUACACUGCGACCAGAGCAUCAACUUUCAGGGCUGGUAUCGCCUGUUCCUGGGGCACACCAGCGUUCAGAUGCCAGAGAGGUGUGUGGAGAUUAACAUGUGUGGAACCCACGCCCCCCUGUGGCUCACGGAGCCCCAUCCCCAGCUGUCAGACAGGGUGGUUCAGAGGGGCGUCUGUGGGAGCUGGUCUGGUAACUGCUGCUUGUUUCAACAACCUCCCAUCCAUGUCAAAGCCUGCUAUGGAAACUACUAUGUCUACAAGUUUGUCCCUGCAAUAAACUGCCACUUGGCCUACUGUGCAGACGUCAACACCAAGGUGUGUUCUACCUGUAGAGAUGAUGACACCUGUAGGAGUGAGGAUAAGAUCACCUGGAGGUGUGAGAGGAAAGCCCCUACACCUACACCCCCUCGGAUAACUGUUACCACCACCAAUCCUCCUAUCAUGGCCCCAGAGGUGGUGUGUGGGCAGAGCAUGAUACAGGUGGGUCUAAACAGGGCUAACCUGAGGGCCGCUGGUCUGAACGCUUCCACAGCUCACCUGGCCGACUCUAGGUGCUCCGCCCACGAGGAUCGUAACGGCACGGUGUGGUACCAGGUGGAGCGACGGGAGGGACGCUGUGGGAACACUCUGGAGACUAACACCACCCAUGCUGUCUACUCCAACAGCUUAUUUGUUUAUCCAGUAGAUGGGAGGAAUGACUCUCUCUCCCGACCCGUGAGCUUUCCUCUCUCCUGUGUCUAUCCUCUGGGGACAGAGAGCAGUCUGAAUGUGGCCAUCAAACCCUACCUACUGAAUAGUCGUGGAGCUGUUGGAGUCGGUGCCAAGGCCAGAGCCUCCAUGUUUCUGUAUCGUAACUCCAACUACACAGAGUCUUACCCAGCUGGUGAAGUCCUCCUGCCGAUUGGUUCCACUCUGCGCGUGGGCGUGUCCGUAGAGGAGUCCGGGAUGGAGCGUUUUGUUGUUGUUCUAAGGGACUGCUAUGCCAACCAAUCCCCCAACCCUGAUAAUCUCCCGCGGACCUACAUGAUUCAGGACAGGUGUACUACAAAUCGUACCCAGGUGACCGUGGAGGAAAGCGGCUCGUCCCUCAGGGCUCGCUUCUCUGCUGCGUUGCAGGUGGACUACCGUUACUUCUUCCUGCACUGCAGCCUCAGCCUGUGUGACCAGAGGAGCUCCUCCUGCACUCCAGUGUGCUCUGGAAGGAAAUCUCGCUCUGUGUCUGAUACUGUCCUCCUCAAGCCCAUAGCCAUCGGGCCAAUCAGCUGGGCCCAGAGCCUGGAGUGAGCCUUGGGACCCCCAGCAUAUGAAGGAUGGCAGGGGGCCAGAGUCUGGAGUGAGCCUUGGGACCCCCAGCAUAUGAAGGAUGGCAGGGGCCCAGAGUCUGGAGUGAGCCUUGGGACCCCCAGCAUAUGAAGGAUGGGUUCCCUCCUGCACUACUCCCCUGAUCUCCAUCCCAACCUACAGCCCAGUGUAACUUUCAAGGGCACAGAAAUACUUUGAUUCUAGUAAUGAAUUGCUGCACUACAGUGUGAUUUCAUUGUACUGUGUAUGUUGUAUACACAUAGACUUGCAUUGUUUUAGGAAUGAUCAUUUCCUCAAAUCAUUGCAAGUUCCAACCAAACCUGAGUUGCUGUGUGUGUAUGUUCAGAUUCUAAGUAAUGAAUUGAUGCACUACAGUGUGAUUUCAUUGUACUGCGUAUGUUGUAUACACAUAGACUUGCAUUGUUUUAGGACUGAUCAUUUCCCCAAACCUGAGUUCUGUGUGUGUAU